CGGGGCUGCGCGUGACCCCAUUAAAAUAAGCGAGGCUCCCGUCUCCAUCGUUUCAGACGUUUGGGGAGGCUAGUCUCCGUCUGCCGUGGAUGCCACAAUGUCCGACUGCAGGAGGGAGUGGAACCGGGAGGAUGAGCUGCCGGUCUACCUGGCGGGUCCGAUCGCCACUGGGCCGAACCAGAGGAAAUCCUACGGGAUGUUCAGCUCCGUGGAGGGGGCGUUCGAUAGCAAGACCAUAGACUUCGACAACUACGCGGUGGGAAGGAAAGGGAGCCGCACCCCGAGAAGCGGGAGCCGCGAGAGGGUGUUAGACUCCGGGGAUCCCGCCGGCAAGACGUCCAGCGAGGGCCGGGAGGGCUCUCUGACCGACUCCCCCGGGGAGGCGGAGGAUGUUCGCCCCGGUGUUGUGGUCCGAUAUCCGUCGGGGAUGGAAAGCUCCAACGGGGAGAGCGAAAGGCUGCUGAUCAAAGGAGGGCGGGUGGUCAACGAUGACCAGUCUAUUUAUGCGGAUGUCUACAUUGAGGACGGGCUCAUCAAGCAGGUGGGGGAGAACCUGGUGGUGCCAGCGGGUGUCAAGGUGAUCGAGGCCAAUGGCCGCAUGGUGAUACCGGGGGGGAUCGACGUAAACACCUGUCUGAUGAAGUCCCACCUCGGCACACAACCUGCCGAUGACUUCCUCCAGGGCACCAAGGCUGCACUCGCGGGGGGCACCACCAUGAUCAUCGACCACGUGACCCCGGAGCCCGGCCAGAGCCUGCUGGAGGCGUUUGAGCGCUGGCAGGAAGCCGCAGAUAAGAAGGCCUGCUGCGACUACUCGCUGCACGUGGACGUCCCCCAGUGGGACGAGACGGUCAAAGAGGAGCUGGAGCUGUUGGUGCAGGACAAAGGCAUCAACUCCUUCCAGGUGUACAUGGCUUACAAAGACUUGUACCAGCUGUCAGACUCUCAGCUGUACGAGGCUUUCUCCUUCCUGAAGCAGCUGGGCGCCGUGGCGUUAGUUCAUGCUGAAAACGGGGACGUGAUCGCUCAGGAGCAGACAAAGAUCCUCAGGAUGGGGAUCACCGGACCUGAAGGCCACGCGCUGAGUCGUCCUGAAGAGCUGGAGGCGGAAGCGGUCUUCCGCGCCAUCACUCUUGGUAACCGCGUGAACUGCCCCGUGUACAUCACCAAGGUGAUGAGCAAGAGCGCAGCCGACACUAUCGCCCAGGCCCGCAGGAGAGGUUGUGUGGUUUUUGGCGAGCCAAUAACAGCCAGCCUGGUCACUGACGGCUCUCACUACUGGAACAAGAACUGGGCCAAGGCGGCGGCGUAUGUGACCUCUCCACCUUUGAGUACAGACCCCACAACCCCAGACCACCUCAACACACUGCUGGCUAGCGGGGACCUGCAGGUGGUGGGCAGCGCUCACUGCGCCUACAGCACUUCUCAGAAAGCCAUCGGCAGGGAAGACUUCACCCUGAUCCCGGAGGGAACCAACGGAGUGGAGGAGAGGAUGGCUUUCGUCUGGGACAAGGCCGCGGCAAUGGGCAAAAUGGACGAGAACCAGUUUGUGGCGGUCACAUCUACCAACGCGGCAAAAAUCUUCAACCUGUACCCGCGCAAAGGCCGGAUAGCGGUGGGCUCGGACGCAGACGUCGUAAUCUGGGACCCCGACAGCUCCAAAAUCAUCAGUGCCAAACUGCAGCAGUCGGCUUCAGAAUACAACAUCUUUGAGGGUGUGGAGUGCCGCGGGGGUCCGGCGCUGGUGUUGAGUCAAGGUCGCGUGGUUUACGAGGAAGGCCAGCUGCAGGCCCAGCAGGGUGCCGGCCGAUUUAUCCCCCGCAAGCACUUCCCUGACUACGCCUACCAGCGCAUCAAAAUUAGGGACCAGGCAAAGAGCAAGCAGGGCGUAACCCGCGGCAUGUACGACGGCCCUGUGCACGAUGUCUUUGCUACCCCCAAAUACGUCACCCCUUCUCCAUCAGCCAAAACCUCCCCCACCUCUCACCAACCACCACCCAUACGCAAUCUCCACCAGUCCAACUUCAGCCUAUCAGGAGCGCAGGCCGAUGACUUCGUCCCUCGUCGCUCUGGCCACCGUAUCGUAGCCCCCCCCGGCGGUCGCUCCAACAUCACCAACCUUGGCUGAACACUCGACUAUGCACUAAGUUUGUGUGUGUGUGUGUGUGUGUGUGUGUGAGAGAGAGAGUUUCGGUUUUGCCCUGAGACGUGGUCCCAGAGGAGAAGCACACCAAUGCUCCUGAACCAAGAGUACGAUAUUAAGUCAUGAUCAGCGUACUCUCUCACACACACACACACACACACACACACGCACGC